ACCGUAUAUCGUUCAGCUCCCUAUACUGCUGUCUGAUGUCGGUUUUAUUGCAUUUAUUCUGAGGAAUUCGGUCGAUUCGUUAGCUUAUAUUCGAUGCAUUUCUACAACGUUGAGCAGUUGAAGUAAAGGAAACUAUUUUUGAAAUUUGUGUUGACGUCGCUUGAGAGUUUUAAAUAAAUUUGGACCCGCGGACGGUCGGGCCCUACCGACAAGAAGAGAAAUGGUGCGCAAGGAGGAGAUAGUCGUUUGGUUCUCGCGUCAGCCCAGCCACCAACGGUUGGAUGUCCUCUGCACUUUGGCCUCUAUCUGUCUACCACUUGAGCUACGAUUUCUCAACACAUGCGUUGACUUCCUGGCCAGGAACAAAACACCCUCAGCCAGAGAUGCAGAAAUUCUUUCUGCCCUGGAAAAGAACUGCCUGCAGUUAAAUGAAGUUGACCUGCAUGAUGAAGGAUCCCGCAGGAAGCUCAUCUUGGCCCUCACUUUGCUCCACGCUGGUAACAGGAUUGUAGCUCACACCAUUUAUAGGAUUCUGUGUAGCACCUGCUCAGAUUUGAAAAUGUUUGGACCAGAGAUCACCAUUGAGUCCAGUUUGGAACUAAAUCUGAUUUUUACAAUGGCUCUACAUCACCCUAGUUUCACUUUUGAGGAAAAGGUUAAACUUGGAGAUAUGUACCUAUGCAUGCAAUCUCGCUUACCUGGGCUCAGGCCACCCUCUGACAGUGCAUCUCCUGUCCCCACAUCAACCCCUAGCCCGCAGCCUCAAAGCAGCCCCCCAGACAUCUCAGAACGAUCUCUUAAUAAUGGCUCAAACAGCAGUAGCAGCAGCAGCAGUAGCCAUAACAGUACCAAUAGCAAUACUAGAAUUAAGACUGUUCAGAACGAUCGGUCUACAAUUCGCCGCAAUCGAAACAGCCCAAAGUCAAACGGAUCUGGCCUGAUGGAUUCUGUCACUAACCAACUGAAAGAACAGCUGGGUAAAGAUCGCCUACCCAAAAAUUGGAGACAGUUCGAGAAUGUUUCUUUUACCGAGCUUAUGAGUUAUAGCGACCAGGAUUUCAUUAGUUGUGGACUCAGUUUGAACUUCAUUAGCCAGUUACGAAAGGUGCUAAAUCAGUGCCACCACAAGCCGAACGGGCUGGCGAUUUCUAAUGAAGAGACCAAAGUGGCUCAGCAAGUCGCCAACAGCAAAUCUGCGACAUCGACAGCAACGCGACCGAGUCUGGUGAAAACCUGCAUGGGCCCACCUAACGUUCAGCCCGCCUUCAACAACAGCCAGCGAAUCACUACAGCAGCAAUAGAGAACCAACCGUCACCGCAGCAGCAUUAUCAGCAGCAACAACAUUAUCAACAGCAGCAGCAGCAGCAUCAUCAACAACAAAAUCAUCAACAGCAGUUGCAGCAAGAUUCGUUAACCAAUCGUGCAGGGUCAUCAUCAAGCAGUGGUAGCAGUAGUUUAGAAACUUGCAGCCCUCCGAGCAGCCCAACGGACUCGAGUAGCACUGCUCCUAGAGAUAAUAAUCGAAAACACUAUCCAGUUCCACAGACUGUGAUGGUUCUCAAUCCAGGAACAAGACCACAGACUCGUCUGCCCUCUUCGGGUACGGUAGCUAACCCGCCUUUGCGUGGUGCCAACAACAUUGGCUUUCCGCGGCCAAUGGGCGCUACUAGCAAUAAUUCUGCUGGCCCAAUGCGGCAACAGCAACAGCAGCAGCCAAUCUCUACGACGACAAGCAGAGCAGCUUCACAGCCGAGAGAAAUGUCUUUUCCCGUCAGUCUUUCUUACGCUGUACAGCCCACCCAGCAGCAGCAAAAGCAGGUCGUCCAACCUUCUUCGGCUCCAGUACAGGCCACGUCUUUCAUUGUUGAUAGCAGCACUCCUCCGCCUCACCUGGAAGCCCAGGCAGCAGUAGUAGCCCAAACACAGCAGCCUGCGCAGUCUCCUGCUCCAACAUUAUCCGUCUACCCGUACCAAUAUCAUCUGCAUUUGCCUAACGGAGAUGGGACUCCACCUUUUCCGCAGCAUCCAUUCACUUUUAUUUCUGGUCCGCCGCCAAACUCUGCUGGACUUCCCGGCAAUGCACGAGCACCAGGUCCACAUGACAUGAUUUAUCCACCCCAGUCGUAUGUAGUGCAGGGUCAAAUCGUCGCUCAACCUCUUGGUUCUCAUCACGGGUCCAGUGUCGCUAAUGGACGGCCGUCGUUAAUGGAAAUACCGUACUUACCGCCGGGUGCGUUAUUCAUGACUCGUUCUGACCAAACCGGUUCCACGGAUUAUAGUCGACCACCACCUCCUGGUUCACAAUCAUCCGCUGGCGGCCCUAGCCCAAUUCCGGGCAAUAAUUCUUGUUUUAACUGCGGUGCAUCUGGUCAUCGUGGAACUCAGUGCCAACAAAUUACUUUUGAUGAAAUAAUCAAUCCCUCACCUGUCUGAUGAGGGAAAAUCGUUUCGCAUACGACACGUACACAACACAUCUACACAACACAAAAUCUGGUCAUGACAAGUGGGCCAAAUGGGUGGGGAACUUCUAAAAAGUCGGCAGAUAGAUCCCACUGUUUCAAAUGAUCCCUUCUCUCCUCUUUUUUUUUUUUUUUUUUUAUUAUUAAUUAUAUUAAUGGAUUUAUUUAAACACAACAAUUUCUUCUGAAUAUGCUGUUCCAGAGAAUCUUCAAAGAGAAGGCAACUUGGAUGCAGCUUGAGCUUAGGCAUUUUUGGAUGAAGAUUGCUUCGCCCCUAGUUCAAGGAUCGUUGCCAAAUCGAUUCGCUUUAUGGACUUUUUUUUUUUUACUUUUUUUUUUUUCUUGUCUACUCACAAAGUCAUUACUGAUGCAUUGAAACGUCAUCAUUCAAAACAAACAAAAAGCUUCUCACGCUGCUCUAGUUUCGUUUCUCUCCCUUGUAAUUCCACAACCCAAGUAUGCAGCGAAUGUUUGUUUUUUCUGCUGCAUUUAAACAACAAUUUGUAAAUAACAUUAUUUAAAGGAAACAAAAAAAAAAUUAUAUUUAAAGAGGAUGAUUAAGGGAGGAAAAGGCCCAAUUCUCAAUCCGACUUCCCACACACGAAAGUCGGAGUUGUUUCGUUUUUCAGCUCCUACUACCAUCCUCUUAUUACCCCACAUUUCCCCUUUUGCGUGUCAUCAAAAAGCAAAAAAAAAUUUUAUCUUUUUUUCUCAAACAUGUUGUUCAAGAGUGUUUUUUUAGGUCUGUCAUAUUUAAAUGAAAAUAAAUACACGGAAGUUUAGUCUUAAAAA